AGGAGGGCCACGUGCUUGGCAUUCUGGGGAGUUCAGAAAAUAAAGUUUGUUCCUGCUCCAGUGGCUCCUGAUUUGUGCCCAGCCAGACUGCGGCACCUCCUGCUCCACUUUUCAUGUUACUUUUUUUAGUGAUCGGAAAUGACUGAGAAAUCAGAUAAAAAUAAUUCCACUCGAGAGAGACCCACAGAUCGAAGUUCUCCAGAGAAAAACUGUCAAAUUGGACAGAAGCAAUUGGUAUGAUACAUGGAUUUUAUGAUUCCAUAUUGUUUGCAACAAAUAGAAAGGCAGCUAAAAUGCUUGGCAUUUCAAAACCCUGGACCACAGGUAGCAGACUUCAACCCAGAAACAAGGCAGCAGAAGAAGAAAGCCCGGAUGUCAAAGAUGAAUGAAUAUUUUUCUGUGAAACACAAAGUUAUGAAGAAGUAUGACAAAAGUGGCAGGCUAAUUUGUAAUGAUGCCGACCUGUGUGACUGCCUAGAGAAGAACUGCCUGGGCUGCUUCUACCCCUGCCCCAAAUGUAACUCCAACAAGUGUGGGCCUGAGUGCCGCUGCAACCGACGGUGGGUUUAUGAUGCCAUUGUCACCGAAUCUGGAGAGGUCAUCAGCUCACUGCCAUUUAAUGUUCCUGACUAGGAGCUGUUGAGUUCUUGUGGACUGAUUUGUUUCUUCUUUUAAGUCAACCUUUUUCUUUUGGAUAAAUGUUGGGGUUUGGGCAAAAUGUUGGAAAAACAUCCGUAAGACUAGAGUUCUCUCCAGCUGCGGAAGAGUGUUCGCCGGGCAAUGAUUCUAUAAGCUUUGGUCUUCUCUCAUUUUUUAGCUCGGAAUGGAAGAAUGUGACAGUGGAUGGAUCACAAUCUCUCCCCAACACCCCCAUUUCUACGCUGCCUUCAAAUUAAAAAUCUCUCCCUCCUUCUUCAUAUCUGAGAGCAUACAGUUUUAAAGAUUUUCAGAACUCUGUUGCUGAGAGGUUUGUCUUACACAGAACAUAGAAUCAUAAAUUCGUCAUGUCUAGUUAUCCUUGUAAUCUUAGGCAUCACUAAUUCUAAAUCAAAAUUGGCAUUUGGACUAGAAGAAAAACAGCCUCUGUGUCUUUUAACUGCGUACUCAUUUUUUAAAAAUUCAACAAUUAAAACUAAAUUUGGUAAUGCUUGGUAAUAUUA